CCCAGGACAAGUGCAGGUUGGGGAAGGCGCCCCGCGAGCUCGCCGGGCCUGGGUGGCGGCGCGCCGCGGAGACGGCGGAGCAACGUCCCCAAGCCGGGAGGCGAGCGACAGACAUAGGACGGCUCCCGCGCGGGCCGCCUGACCAGGACAUGAGUGAAUCCCAGCCCAGCGCACAAAGAUGAGGACCCACACCCGAGAGGGCACGAAGUGAUGCCCACCCACCCCGUGUAGAAUGACGGCCCUGAGCGGGCGGUUCCCCAGACCUUGGCAGGGCUGCUGACCCUCAGUCUGCAAGUCGUGAAGAGCAGGACUCUUCCUGUGGAGGGUCCCCUGCCUUCCAGCUCCACCAUGAGGCUCCUUGUGGCUGCCCUCUUGCUGUCUUGGGUGGCUGGUACCACUGCCGUGGUACCCGUGGUACCCUGGCGCGUGCCCUGUCCUCCUCAGUGUGCCUGCCAGAUCCGGCCCUGGUACACGCCCCGAUCCUCCUACCGCGAGGCCACCACUGUGGACUGCAAUGACCUCUUCCUGACGGCAGUGCCCCCAGGGAUCCCGGCGGGCACACAGACCCUGCUGCUACAGAGCAACAGCAUCAGCCGAAUAGACCAGACUGAGCUUGCCUACCUGGCCAACCUCACAGAGCUGGAUCUGUCCCAGAACAGCUUCUCGGAUGCCCGAGACUGUGACUUCCAGGCCCUGCCUCAGCUGCUGAGCCUCCACCUAGAAGAGAACCAGCUAAGCCGGCUGGAGGAUCACAGCUUUGCCGGGCUGACCAGCCUGCAGGAGCUCUAUCUCAACCAUAACCAGCUGUGUCGUAUUGCCCCCAGGGCCUUCGAAGGCCUCGGCAACCUGCUCCGGCUGCACCUCAACUCUAACCUGCUUAGGACCAUUGACAGCCGCUGGUUCGAGAUGCUGCCCAACUUGGAAAUCCUCAUGAUCGGUGGCAACAGGGUGGAUGCCAUCUUGGACAUGAACUUCCGACCCCUGGCCAACCUGCGCAGCCUGGUGCUGGCCGGCAUGAGCUUGCGGGAGAUCUCCGACUACGCUCUGGAAGGACUGCAAAGCCUGGAGAGUCUCUCUUUCUAUGACAAUCAGCUGGCCCGGGUGCCCAAGCGGGCAUUGGAGCAGGUGCCUGGGCUCAAGUUCCUAGACCUGAACAAAAACCCACUGCAGCGGGUAGGGCCGGGAGACUUUGCUAAUAUGCUGCACCUCAAGGAGCUAGGACUGAACAACAUGGAGGAGCUGGUCUCCAUUGACAAGUUCGCCCUGGUCAACCUCCCCGAGCUGACCAAGCUGGACAUCACCAACAACCCACGGCUCUCUUUCAUCCACCCCCGCGCCUUCCACCACCUGCCCCAGAUGGAGACCCUCAUGCUCAACAACAAUGCUCUCAGUGCCUUGCACCAGCAGACAGUGGAGUCUCUGCCCAACCUGCAGGAGGUGGGGCUCCACGGCAACCCCAUCCGCUGCGACUGCGUCAUCCGCUGGGCCAAUGCCACGGGCACCCGUGUCCGUUUCAUCGAGCCACAGUCCACCCUGUGUGCCGAGCCUCCAGACCUCCAGCGCCGCCCGGUCCGGGAGGUGCCGUUCCGGGAGAUGACAGACCACUGCCUGCCCCUCAUCUCUCCCCGAAGCUUCCCCUCCAGCCUGCAGGUGGCCAGCGGAGAGAGCGUAGUACUUCACUGUCGGGCACUGGCUGAACCAGAGCCUGAAAUCUACUGGGUCACUCCCGCUGGAGUCCGACUGGCGCCUGCUCAUGCAGGCAGGAGGUACCGGGUGUUCCCUGAGGGGACCCUAGAGUUGCGGAGGGUGUCGGCAGCAGAGGCGGGCUUAUAUACCUGUGUGGCCCAGAACCUGGUUGGGGCCGACACUAAGACAGUCAGUGUUGUGGUUGGCCACGCUCCCUUCCAGCCAGGCAGGGACCAGGGACCAGGCCUGGAGCUCCGUGUGCAGGAGACACACCCAUAUCACAUCCUGCUGUUUUGGGUGCCCCCACCCAACAUAGUCUCCACCAACCUCACCUGGUCUAGCGCCUCCUCCCUCCGGGACCGUGAAGCCACCGCCUCGGCUCGACUGCCGCAGGGCACCCACCGAUACAACGUGACCCGCCUCCUUCCGGGCACAGAGUACUGGGCCUGCCUGCAAGUGGCCUUUGCUGAUGCCCACACCCAGUUGGCUUGUGUUUGGGCCAGGACUAAAGAGGCCUCUCGUUGCCACAGAGCCCUGGGGGACCAGCCUGGGCUCAUAGCCAUCCUGGCUCUUGCUGUCCUCCUGCUGGCAGCUGGGCUUGCAGCCCACCUUGGCAGAGGCCGGCAGCCCAAGCAGGGGGUGGGUGAGAAGCCUCUCUUUCCAGCCUGGGCUUUCUGGGGCUGGAGCACCCCCUCUGUCCGAGUCAUGUCUGCACCCCUUGUCCUGCCCUGGAAUCCGGGGAGGAACCCGCCCAGAUGCUCAAAUGGGGAGACAGUGUCGCCACCGCCACCAUUGUCUCCACAUUCCUGAGGCACCGCCAGGUCUCAGCGGUAGAGAAAGUAACUAGGACAGUUAAAGGGAAGCGAUCUGGGCCAGGUACCUGCCAGGAAAGUGGCGUUGGUCCACGUGCCUGAGGCCUGGCAGCUUGGCCAAGAAUGGCGGGCCUCGGUGGCUCCUGGGGGUGCUCUUGCAGCUUCUGACAUGAUUGCUGUGGCCUUCCGGGGGGUCUUCAGCUGCUGUUCUGAGGAGUGUCUCCAAGGAACAGGCAGGACUCUGCCUAGAGCCUCCUUCCUCCCCAGAGGCCCCUGGACCUCGGCUUGGCUGUCCACGCCACUGCCUGUGUCCCCAGGCCCCUGGCCCGCAGGCUGUCCCCUCCCUCUUCUCUUUGUACAGUAUCAGUUGCUUGCUCAUCCCCCUCCUGGGCAAGAGCUGAAGGAGGCUUCUCCUUUCGGUCUUGGGAGCCUGGCCCAAAGUGGGAGUGUCCCCCAGCUGGAUCUGAAGGAUAUUUGGGGAGAGGGGUAUCCAGGGAUGCCUCGUCUCAUAGCCUGGGCUCUGAAGUUGACUUUCUAUAAGGCAGUUUUGUACCUUUGUGGAGAAAUGUGUCACCUGUCCCCUACCCAAUUCACUCUUUUCUCCUGUUUUGUAAAAAAUAAAAAUAAACCAUAACAGCAACGGG